GGCGGGUCAUGCCUUGGUUACCCCGCGCCGCGCUCCUCUGGGACGUGGUCCUGGGCUUUUUGGGCACCGCCGCCUUCCUGAUCGACCUGGGCGCCGACCUGUGGGCCGCGGGCCAGUAUGUGCUCAGCGGCCGCUACCUGUGGGCCGCGCUGGUGCUGGCGCUGCUGGGCCUCGCCUCGGUCGCGCUGCAGCUCUUCAGCUGGGUUUGGCUGCGCGCCGACCCCGCCGGCUUGCACGAGCCUCAGCCCCCGGGCCGCUGCCUGGCGCUGCUGCACCUUGUGCAGCUGGGCUACCUGUACAGGUGCGUGCAGGGGCUGCAGCAGGGGCUCCUGGUGUGGCAGCAGGAGGAGCCCUCUGAGUUUGACCUGGCUUAUGCUGACUUCCUGACCAUGGACAUCAGCAUGCUGCGGCUCUUCGAGACCUUCUUGGAGACGACACCACAGCUCACGCUGGUGCUGGCCAUCGUGUUGCAGAGCGGCCGGGCCGAGCCCUACCAGUGGGUCAGCAUCGGCACGUCCUUCGUGGGCAUCUCGUGGGCACUGCUCGACUACCACCGGGCCUUGCGCACCUGCCUCCCCUCCAAGUCGCCCCUGGGGCUGGGCUCCUCUGUGGUCUACUUCCUGUGGAACCUGCUGCUGCUGUGGCCCCGGGUCCUGGCCGUGGCCCUUUUCUCCGCUCUCUUCCCCCACUCCGUGGCCCUGCACUUCCUGGGCCUGUGGCUGGUGCUGCUCCUGUGGGUCUGGCUGCAGGGCACGGACUUCAUGCCAGAUGCCCGUUCCGAGUGGCUGUACCGGGCCACCGUGGCCACCAUUCUCUAUUUCUCCUGGUUCAACGUGGCCGAGGGCCAUACCCGGGGCCGCGCCACCAUCCACCUGGUGUUCCUCCUGAGCGACAGCAUCCUCGUGGCAGUCACCUGGUCGACUCACACCAGCUGGCUGCCCAGCGGGAUCCCACUGCACGUGCUGCUGCCCGCGAGCGGCCUCUGCUUCCUUCUGGGCCUGGCUCUGCGGCUGGCCUACUACCACUGGCUGCACCCAAGCUGCCGCUGGGAGCCUGACCGGGUGGAUGGGACCCGGGGCUUCCGCUCCCUUGAGGGCCUUCAGCUGCCUCACAACAGCCGCAUGACCCGGUUGGCGCAGAACUUCUUCCCUAGGGUUAGGGAGGAGGAGGCUGUUUUGCCACAGAAAGAAGAGGUGAAUGGGGUCCUUUGAGGCGAGGCCAGACCCAGCAGGCCCAGAACGGAUGGACUCAACUGGUAGAAUCCAGAGGAUAAGCUAAUGAUGCUGCUAUUGGCCUUGAUUCCCUCCAGAAGCACCCGAUGCCCGAUGUGACAGGCCCUGGAGACCCGAGUUGAGUAAAGACUCAGGCCUGCCUUUGAGGAUGAGAACAAGAUGCGAACGGCUGGGCCCUGGAGAGUCAGGGGCUCCAGUUACAUACAGGACACUUUGGAAGGAAAGAAGAGACCCCGCCCCUUCCCCAUCCCAUCCCCACCAACUGAAAGAGUUGGUACCCCAGAGCUCCUAGAGAUGGUAUUUUCGCCUCCCCAGCCAUCUCCAAAAUCAUUGGUGGAGGUGCUGUCCCACGGCUUGGUUCCCUGAUCCUGGGCUAGAAGGCCCAGGAUCUCCAGGUUGUGUUCAGAAUUCUUCCUCUCUGCCUUACCUGUCAUUCUGGUCAUCCAACAGAUGUUUACUGAGAGCCUUGUCUGUGGCAGGAAUAUUCUGUCCUUGGAGUCUGGAACAAGACUUCCCUCUCUAGCUACUCCUGAGUGGGUGGUCAUGCUGGAAGCCAGGGACGUCCAGCUAGUGGCCCUGUCCGCCUCCCCAAGGCCUCAGUGCACCCAGCCCAGCCUCUGGCCCUGCUCUUAAGUGGCUAUCUUUCAGCCAAGUGCUUGUGAUCCUGUGGUCUGGGCCAUGGCUCAGCCCGUUGAGUAUUUUUCUACUUUAGGCAGUACACUUUCUACCUCAGAGUCUAUGUGAGAGGAAGAGAACGUGCGUCCACAUGUGUCUCUGCAAGUGAAGGACAUGUAUGUGUUGUUUUUGUUUAACAAUAUUAUUAGAUUAUUAUUAAAACCUCAUGA